AUGUCUGCCUCUCGUUCAGUCAUCCUCGUUACGGGCGCCACGGGCAAACAAGGCGGUGCGGUGAUCGAAAACCUGCUGGCGGCUCCAGAUGCCGGCGGCUUCCACAUCAUCGGGGUGACGCGCGAUGCCUCGAGCGCUCGCGCACGACAGCUUGCCUCGCUGCCCCACGUCACCGUCGUGGACGGCGAUCUAGCGCAGCCGGACGCAAUCUUCGCCAAGGUGGCCGGCCCUGUAUGGGGCGUGUACAGCGUGCAGGUCAACUCGGACGACGAGGAGCAGCAGGGCAAGGCCAUGGUGGACGCGGCGGUGGCCCACGGCGUGCGCCACUUCGUCUACUCGUCGGGCGACCGCGGCGGGCCGGACAAGUCGCCCUUCAACCCGACCAGCGUCAAGAACUUCGCCAGCAAGCACCGCAUCGAGAAGCACCUCGAGGCGCAGGCCCUCGCGGCGGCGCCGCAGCCCAUGACGUGGACGAUCCUGCGGCCCGUGACCUUCUUCGAGAACCUGACGGCCGACGUGCACGGCAGGGGCUUCGCGCGCAUGUGGGAGCAGAUGGGCGAUGGAGAGGGCGGGAAGAAGGCCCUGCAGUUCGUGUCGACGCGCGACAUCGGCUGGUUCGCGGCGGCCAGCUUCUUGGACCCCGAGGCUUAUCGCAACGCGGCGCUGACGCUGGCCGGGGACGAGCUGACGCAGCCACAGGCGGACGCGCUCUUCCGAAAGGCCGUAGGUGCGCCCAUGCCGCUGGCCCCGUGCCCCAUUGCGUCGGCCGUCAAGUUCUUUCUCAAGGGCACCGUGGGCGACAUGUUCCGCUGGUUUGAGCACGAGGGAUACGGAGGCGAUGUUGCGCUCUGCCGCAAAAUGUAUCCUCAGAUGAGCGACUUCGGGAUGUGGAUCGAGCAGAACAAGGGUCAGUGGGCCAAGUGA